AAAAACGUCAAAUCAAGGUGUUAAUUUGAACAACCUUUACUUUUAACGGUAUAUGUUUUAUGGAAAACGUCACAUUUGAUUCAUUGGAAAAAGACUGUUAUACAAUGGCUACAGCAGCAGCUUCUGCUAACACAGCAGAUGAUGGAUCAAACUGUCCUAUAUGUUUUGAAAUUUAUAAGGAACCGAAAGCACUUGUCUGCUUACAUACAUUUUGUGAAGCAUGCAUUCAGGACUAUAUAUUAAAAAGCAAAGAGAAGGGUACACUAAGUGACGGGAUAGAAUGUCCUCUCUGUCGAUUUGUGACAGCUGUCGAAAAGGACGAACCACCAGAAAAGUGGGCUAAAUCUUUACGACCGAAUUUUGCUCUCGCUUCAUUACUACAGAGUGCAUCAUUUAGCAUCAAGUCUUCCGAGAAAGACGAAAAGUUAUGUCAGCCGUGCUUGAAACAGAACAAUACAACUUCUGCAACAAUCUUCUGCUCUGAUUGUAACGAAAGGCUGUGUGUUGAAUGCAAGAAAGUCCAUGAUAGUUUAGAGUUCUCGAAGAAUCACGAAUCUGUUGAGAUUGAGAAAAGAGAAAAUGUUGAAUUUCUCACAGCUUUCCAAUCUUACCAGAGAUGCCAACAACAUGGCAAAAAGGUAAAGUUCUAUUGUAAAGAUGAAGACAAACUAUGUUGUAGUACGUGUGCUAUUAUUACACACAGAGAAUGCAAAGGCUUGGUAGAAAUAAGCGAAAUGGUAAAGGAUAAGUUUAGCUCAAUUCAGCGUUCUAUACUUUCGAAACAAAUAUCGGAAUUAGAGAAUACUAUGAAAUCUUCUGCAGCACACUUUGUCAGUGAAAGUAAGAAAUUGACGUCACAGGCAACUGAACUGAUGGACCAUUUGAAACAGCUUAGAGAAAAAGUCAUUCAUCGUUUCGAUGCAUUAGAUGACAAUCUGAAAGGCGAAAUAAAAGCAGUACAAACAGCAAAAUCAUCUGAAAUUAUGAUAAAUGCUUUCGGAUGCGAUGAGAUCGCAUGCGAAAUGCGUCGUUUAAUGCAUAUGUUAGAACUUGCAAACCAAAACGGCACAGAAGAACAGCAAUUUGUCGUUGUGAAAAAGUUAAUGAACGAAUUUGUGGGUCGAAAAUCUCAAGCCGAUUUAAAGUUUGCCAAAGUUGAAUCUAUAAACUUAUCGCUGAAUAUUCCCAAGACGAUAGACAAUUUCUUAGACAUAUCAGCAGAAAAUAUGUCUGUAUCAGUCGAGUCCAAAACAGAAGUUAUACCAAGCUGUGCUGCAAAAACGCUCAGUCUGUUGGCCGAAGCCAAGAUUGAGCAAGAUGUCGGUGAAGAAUGUAAACCAUGGUAUCGUGGAAUAGGAUUUCUUAAUGAUGGUAAAAUACUUGCAGUUGAUCAUAGUAAUAAGAAAUGUGUUUUGAUGAAUGAAAACUUAAAAAGUAUAGGGGGACUCAAAUUGCCAUACUCGCCGUUUAAUUUAGCAGUUACUGAGGACAACUGUGUUGUCAUUACUGCUGGAUUGAAAAAGAAAUUAUAUAUCUAUGAAGUAAAUGAAAAUAACACUUUAACUGAAAAACAUGUCAUCCCUGUUUCCCUGAAAUGUGAUUCUAUAUCAAACUUUGACACCAAUAAAUGUAUUGUUGGCGCUUUUGAUAGUCCAGAACCUGCUCAUGAAAUUAACUUUGCCGGAGACAUAACUCAAUUAAAUUUUGAUUUUGAAGGAAUGCAGUUCGCUACUGCGAAGAACUUCAAGUGCUGCUAUACGAAAGAAACAAGGCAGUUACUUAUAACAGACAAGAGAGACGAUGCAGUUCAUAUAUGUGAUCUCGCAAACGGAAACAGGAACACAGUCCAAGAUAAAAGUUUCGUUAAACCUAGAGGAAUUUCACAUUAUAUGAACGACUUGUAUUUCAUCUGCUCUUCAGGCACCGAUUCAAUUGUGCAGUUGACAACAGCUGGUAAAGUGUUAGCUGUAAACAAAAUAAAUAUGAACUGUCCGUAUUCAAUCUGCAUUUCACAAGACAAAAACAAAUUGCUUGUGUCGAACAAUCACUCAGAGGUUAAAAGGUUGCUUCUCUUCAAAAUUGAACAGUGACAUAUCGUAUGAAGUGUUGUUUUGAAAAUGCACUGAGAUGUGUAAACAUACUUAGUAAAACAAUCUUUACAAUGGGUAAAUCAUUUGGUGUUGCUAGGUUUAGCUCUCUGGAAUUCAUUGUUUUCCAAUCAUAUAAAGACACAUCUUUGUUUUUGUUUCAUACAAGUUUGUGUUAAGCUAAUUCCACAAAAGGACUGCUACUUAAGUUCAUUCAUCCAUACCUGAUUUGUGAAGUUGCGCCAUGUGUCCAAUCGUCUGUCCGUCUGUCAGUGUCCGUCCGUCAUAUCAGUACGAAGUAAAAUUGUGCAUAAUGUUAGGACGAAUGCGAAAGAUUUAUAGCCGUUAAAAAUUGUAAAAUACUGUGUUUGGUAGAGAUAGUACCUAAAAUUUUAAAUUCUGAAAAGCAAUUAAACAAUUAACUUUGGUUGUUUAAAUACAUAAGUCUUGAUUUGAUCAUUUUGAAGCAUGCUGUUUAAGAUUUUCUCAAACUUUUUAUUCAAUUUCCAUGUAUCUCCUCUUGCAGAUAGUCCUACCUAUCAAGUCAUUGAUCAAUAUUUAAUCCCCAAUUAUAUCUGGAUUAUUGCGGAAGAACUUAACUCAAUGCAAAAUAAUUGUCAAAUACAUGAUUUUUUGUAUAACAUCGGAACAUAUUUUAAGUCUAAUAAAAUAAAUUCAGAUCCACUGUUUAAGCUGAAAUUUACAUAUAAUGCUAUUUCUACCAAUAUAUAUCUAUAUUUACCAUGAAAUUUGAAAUUACAAUGAAAUGACUUAUCAUUAAGUUUUUAACCAUACAGUGACUUCGUUCGUCCUAUUAACUGGUGUUAUACAGGUGUACAGGUUAAUGCAGGGAGGGAUUAUUAUUUAUGUCAUUGAUUGAUCUCUAGUACUAUUUCUAUACCUAGCCAAUACAAACAGAAAUGCUUUGCUAUAAAGUGUGCUUGUGUAUAUUGUUUAGAUAUACAUCUACUGCCUGUAUAAUAAUCGCAUCCCUCCUAUUUAAAAAAAAUAAUAUGAAAAAAUGUUAGUUAGAUUUUGUCCUAUCACUAUAUAUAACAACAUAAUGAAACAACAAAUUGUACCCAUAAAUAUCGAAUCACCUUGCCUCUUUUUACAUCAUUUUGCUUAAUUUGUUCAUAUGAUACAUCUGAAGUUGGAUAUUGAAUAAAACUUCAUAAUUGCACUCGUUUACAUAAUUAACAGUCAUACUUAAUGUAUUGACCGUAAGUAUUGACAUGUUCGCCAAUAAUUUUGAGUGUUUACUACCUGUAUCCUGAAAAUAUUUAUUUUACAAAUAUAACCUAUAUAGUUUACUGUUGACAUUGUGGCGUAGUCGUAAGCUCUCUGGCUUCCAAGUAUUAAAUUCAUUUCGAACCAUCUUCUGUUAAUGCAGUGUGAUAUAAUUUUAUUGAUAGCGGCUUUAUUCUUACGUUUAUUUAAUGCAACUGCUGGAUUUUUUCGUUGAAUGAACAAACAGUCCUCGAUUUUCUUGAAAAUACUAAGAAGCGUUAGUGAGAAAUGAUUUGUCUAGAUCUAAAAUGUUUAGAAUACGUUUAGUCGACAUUUUCUGUCACUGUUUACUAGUAUGUAGACGAAUGUUGAAUACUGUUGUUUUAAACAGUAAAAAGUCAUGAUAAAUGUUACGAUUUUCACGCCUUGUAGAUAAAAUUUGAAAAACUGAGAGGGUAAAACAUAUGACUCUGUCUUAGUCAAACGUUUUGUCCGCACAGCUAUGUGAGUAAGCAACAUGAUGUCAAUAAUAAGUAUCGCACAGUAAUAAGGCGCUUUGAAAUGUAAACAAACAAAACAAUCAUAAUAAUAAUGAUAAUAAUAACGACUAUAUUUAUAGCGGAUAACAUAUUUGGCUUAGCCAGUUUACAAUAUAGUCCACAUUAGCUAGGUCAAAACAAUAGCAUAAAGGACUUCGGGCAUUUUCUUAUUCAGAUUGCCUAUCCAAUUAAGUAAAAACUGACCAAUAGCUAGAUUUCUGAAAUAGCAUAAUACAGAUAGUUAAAGACCAUUUCUUGAUAUAUUCGACUAAAUUUUACAAGUUUUUUUUACAAAAAAAGAUGACUUUGUAGACAUUUCUAAUUCUCAUUUCUAUUGAAAUAUGAACAUUAAUCAUUUUUACGUUUUAAACAUCUUUCCCCCCAGUGAUGCAACAAAAUAUUUCACAUGCCUUUGUAAAUAGUUAUUAUAUAUGUAUGCUGCAAAAAUGGUACUUGGUCACAGGGGGGUUGUGAUAAAAAUGGAAAUAAACUACAUACAGGUUGUCAGAAAAACUGAAUAACCGCGAGAGAUGUAUUUUGUGGAAUCUGUAUUUUUCCACAUCUGCUAUUGUUGCAUUGAAAUUCGUAUUGUUUUUACCUUUCCUGAUUUUAAUGUUUUAUGUUUUUCUUCGUGUACUAUACUGGUACUGUCCUACAAAUAAAUAGAUGAAACUUUA